AGGAAAACCAUGCAGGCUCAGGAAGUCCUGAGACAGCUGCGGAUACCCGAGCUGGAUGACUUUCGGCAGUAUGUGCGCAGCUUGCCCACCAACGCGCUCAUGGGCAUGGGCGCCUUUGCGGCCAUCACCACCUACUGGUAUGCCACCCGGCCGAAAGCCCUCAAACCACCUUGUGACCUCGGUAUGCAGUCAGUGGAAAUGCCGGGCGGAGAAUAUGCACGAAGGUCAGUACUGAAUGAAAGCGACCAGUACAUGACAUUUUACUACAACGACGCACGGACCAUGUAUGAGGUUUUCCUACGAGGGCUAAGAGUAUCAAAUGAUGGACCAUGUCUAGGAUCAAGGAAACCCAACAAGCCUUAUGAGUGGCAAUCUUACAGAGAGGUUGCAGACAGAGCAGAAUACAUAGGCUCUGCUCUCCUUCACAAAGGACACUCUCAUACUGGAGACAAGUUUAUUGGCAUCUUCGCUCAGAACAGGCCAGAGUGGACCAUCUCAGAGCUGGCUUGUUACACAUACUCACUUGUGGCAGUACCGCUGUAUGACACGCUAGGCACAGAGGCCAUCGACUACAUCAUUGACAAAGCUUCCAUCUCAACAGUAAUUUGCGAUGUACCUGACAAGGUGAAGCUCAUCCUGGACUGCGUCGCGGGAAGAAAACACACUAUGAAGAUGAUCAUUGUUAUGGAGGCCUUUGAAAGUGACCUGGUCACGCGUGGAAAGGAGUGUGGCAUUGACAUCCUUAGCCUGAAGGAAAUAGAGGCUCUUGGUAAAGCCAACCAUCAUAAACCAGUGCCCCCGAAACCAGAGGACCUUGCACUCAUCUGCUUUACGUCUGGAACCACAGGAAACCCAAAAGGUGUUAUCCUUACCCAUGGGAAUAUUAUCGCCAACACUGCAGCUUUCAUUAGAAUAACAGAGGUGCACUGCAUGCUGAACCUCCAUGAUAUUCAUAUGUCCUAUCUCCCCCUAGCACACAUGUUUGAGAGGGUUGUGGAGGGAGUCAUCCUUAUCCAUGGUGCUCGAAUCGGCUACUUCCAGGGAGACAUCCGUCUCUUGAUGGAUGAUUUGAAAACACUGCAGCCCACAAUCUUCCCUGUUGUCCCACGUCUUCUCAACCGAAUGUUUGAUAAGAUAUUUGGUCAAGCCAAUACGCCGCUGAAGAGAUGGCUGCUAGAUUUUGCUUCGAGAAGGAAGGAGGCGGAACUUCGAAGUGGCGUGGUCAGAAAGGACAGCAUGUGGGACAAACUCAUCUUCCGAAAAGUGCAGGCAAGCCUGGGUGGUCGUGUGAGGCUCAUGAUCACAGGAGCGGCCCCAGUGUCCCCGACCGUCCUGACGUUCCUUCGUUCUGCCCUGGGCUGUCAGUUUUAUGAAGGUUAUGGGCAGACCGAAUGCACAGCCGGGUGCUCCAUGUCAAUGCCUGGAGACUGGACAGCAGGUCAUGUAGGAGCUCCACUGCCCUGCAACUCAAUCAAGCUGGUGGAUGUGGCUGAGAUGAAUUACCUGGCAGCCAAUGGAGAGGGAGAGGUGUGUGUUAAAGGACCAAAUGUAUGCCAGGGAUACUUGAAAGACCCAGAGAGAACGGCAGAGGCAAUUGACAAGGACGGGUGGCUCCACACAGGAGAUAUUGGAAAAUGGCUUCCCAAUGGCACUUUGAAGCUCAUUGAUAGAAAGAAGCACAUUUUUAAGCUGGCACAAGGAGAAUACAUUGCCCCUGAGAAAAUAGAAAACAUCUAUAUUCGUAGUGAUCCAGUGGCUCAGAUAUUUGUUCAUGGUGAUAGCCUACAGGCGUGUCUGGUGGGAAUAGUGGUACCUGAUCCUGACUUUCUACCUGGUUGGGUCAAGAAAAGAGGAAUUGAGGGAUCCUACUCUGAACUCUGCAAAAAUAUGGAUGUCAAGAAUGCCAUUCUGGAGGACAUCCUGAUGGUGGGCAAAGAAGGAGGACUCAAGUCUUUUGAACAGGUGAGACAGAUUGCCUUACACCCAGAGAUGUUUUCCGUUCAGAAUGGCCUGCUGACGCCCACCCUCAAGGCCAAGAGGACGGAGCUUCGUAACCACUUCAGAGAGCAGAUCGAUGCACUCUAUGCCAAGAUUAAGAUGUGAAUUCGGAUGAAGACGUUGGUGAAGGUGACAAUCAUGUGGAACCUAUAGCCUGAACCAAAUAAUACUUAUUAAAGGGGAUACUCCCCUUUUUCCUGCCACUGACUAUCUACUUUGUUGGGAUUGCUUUCAAAUAAACUGGAUAAUGUUCUCCCACUUUUUUACCCUAUCAUGGCUAGCUAAUGAAAAGCUGAUAAUUUUGCAGAAAAUGAAGUGACAAUAUCACUUUAAUCAUUUUCUGAAAUGGGUAAAACAAACGUGAUGGGGAAAUAUGACUCAUUUAUGCCUUAACUGCUAAUCAGUCUGACCAUGGGCUUUGGCUGCCAAGCUCCAUGGUCACAACUUUUUAAAUCUUGAGGGACGUUUUGCUUUUAGGUAAGAACUAAAAGCCACAAACAUGUUUUGCCAGAAAUGACAAAUAUUGGCUAUUUAUGUACCAGUUUAUUUAAUGUUAUGAUUUUCUAUUUAAUUUGAUAUUUAAUGUCAUCGUCGUACCUGUACAUAGUGUAUCUGUUGACAAAGUCUAUUUGUACAAGGAGUAAACAGUGUGAUCACGGUUGAUACUAGUGUGUUAAUUCCCUGCAUUCCCAUGCUUUGACAUGCUGUAGGCUGUAAAAGAGCCACUUUGCCUCUUUGUGCUGCAUGUAAAAAAUGUUUAAAUGUUUGAUGUUAUUAUACAUGCAGUACAACUAAAUUUCUGCACAGUCAGUGCCUCCUUUUGAAUGUCUUCUCACAUUUCAGUGACCUCAUUUCAGUGCUGAGAGUGGCAUACUGUGACCUGUAAUGCUUACAUUUUUCAGCCAAUGUUUAUGUUGUAGGCCUGUUUUAAUGAUUCAGUGGUGGUGUCUGAAUUUCACAUUUGCCAUCCAUUUGUAGUCAAUGAAACCACAAGUCUUGUGUAGCAACGAACAGCAUUUCAGCUCCAGAAAAAGGUCAGUCAUGAAUUAAGAUGUUUGUCCUGAAUUGUAGUCUUUGCACACAUCUUUGUUUAGGUGUUUUCUUUGUUUGGAUUUUUUUUUUUUUUUUAAAUACCAUAUGAAGAGAUUUUAUCCAUCUUGUUGACAGCUUGACAGAAUCUCUAGAAACAUCCUUUGACUUUUUUGAAGAUGUUGAAAGAAUAGAUCAGGAAAAGAAACUAAACAAAGCAAAUUAGCCGAGUCCCUUCCUAAGUUGUCUUCAGAAAUGUUUCCUAAUUGGCAAGGGGCAAAUGUGUUGUUUCCGAAAAAGACAAGUGUUUUGUGCUAAUGUUUGAGGUACAGCAUCUUUAAUUAUACACUGUAUAAAAUAAACACUUCCAAGACUGUG